AUGGCGCAUUUGAAAACAUCCAGUGAGAGUUUGCCAUCAAUAACAUCGCCGACUGAGAAGCCUCCCGUCGUUCCCAACGAGCAAGCUGCACCAAACACCGAAGUUGUUGUCAACAGCAACGAAAAGGACGUCGAGGCCGCCGCACCAAGAGCUCCACCACCAAACUUUCUCGGAAAUGUACCUAACGGAGGUGUUCAAGCAUGGCUACAAGUCGCUUUCGGAGUCUUCCAAACAUACUACGAGUCUGGUGUUCUGAUCCAUGCUUCGUCAUCAAACAUCUCAUGGGUCGGUGCCAUCCAGUCGUACUGUGUGUUGCUCAUGGGCUUCCUCUCAGGUCCUAUCUUUGAUCGAGGAUACCUUCGUCCGUUGCUUUGCGUUGGCUCGCUCCUCAUCGUGGUAGGAUUCAUGACCCUCAGUGUCUGUCACACUUUCUGGCAAGUCCUUCUGGCUCAGGGCUUUUGCAUUGGUAUCGGAUCUGGACUCUUGUUCGUCCCUGCCGUUGCCAUUCUCCCGACGUACUUCAACACUAAACUCGGUCUUGCAAUUGGUCUCGCGGCUUCUGGUAGUUCGAUGGGUGGUAUCAUCUACCCCAUUGUCUUCUAUAGGUUGCUCGACCAGAUUGGCUUUGGUUGGUCUGUUCGGGUCUUGGGUUUCCUUGCUCUGGCCACCUUGCUCAUCCCCAUUUUCGUCAUGAAACAGCGUGUCAAGCCUCCAAGGGCUCGUGCAUUGAUUGAUACAACAGUCUUCAAGGAUGUUCCAUUCAUGCUCUUCACUCUCGGCACAAUGAUUGGGUUUAUCGGCCUCUACACCGUUCUGUUUUACCUCUCAUUCUUCGGCCAAUCCAAGGGUUAUACCGAUGCGAGUAUGUCCUUCUACAUUGUACCCAUCCUCAAUGCAGCCUCGGUGUUCGGUCGUACGUUGCCCAACGCUCUCUCCGACAAAACUGGCUCGUUCAACAUCAUUCUUCCUGGUGCGGCUGUUUGCUCGAUCCUCAUCUUCUGCAUGAUUGCCGUGGACGGUCUAGGCAGUAUCGUCACACUCGCCAUUCUCUUUGGUUUCUUCUCUGGAGUUUUCAUCGCUCUACCCCCCGUCUGUCUCGUUGCCCUGACUGCAGACAAGUCCAAGAUUGGCAGCAGAAUAGGCAUGGCCUUCGGUUUUAUUGGCUUCGGAACUCUAGCUGGCAACUAUGGCCCCACCAACAACUGGACCGGCCUCUGGGUAUACGGAGGCGUUUCUUGUGCUGUUGCCGCUGCCUUCUUCGUGGUAGUUAGGUUCAUGAAAGUAGGAGGUAAACUCAUUGUCAAGGUAUGA